AUGGCUCCGUCAUGGUCGGGCAUGUUCAAGACCACCACGGGCAAGAAUCCUACGGCUGAAAGGGAUGAAUGCAAUGUGCUGCAGCCCCAUCCAGAAGACAGGCUUCAUUUGCGCCUUCACCGAGCCAGGAGCGUGGUCCUGACUGCCCAGGAACUAGUCGAGAUCCGCGCCGCCCAGCGCACCUUCGAAGGCGCCUACGUGCGCACCGCGCUCGGGCAGUUCUCCUUCGCGCUCGUCGUGCUCAAGAUCUUCACGGCCGAGUUCUACAGCAUCGGCGCCCUGUUCGCGACGUACGGCGUCGGCGUGCUGAUGGUGAGCCAGUACCGCCGCUACGAGGGCAACCGGCAGUUCUUCAGCGAGAGGGCCGCCGCGGACGGGCUGCCGGGGGAUGGCCGGAAGUGCUUCCGCACGAGCGGGAAUGUCAUCGUGGUGUUGACCGCGCUGAGCGUGGCUGCGUAUGCGACUCUGAUUGUUUUGACGGCGCGGCUGGAGGAUUGA